AAGAAAAGGGACUUUAAAUACAAUUUGGAAUUCUGGUUGUCAUAGCACAUUUACUUCAAAAUAUGAUCAACCAAACACAAUUAGCAACAGUUUGAAACCAUUCUCUUACAGUGUAACCCUAAAGUCCUUAUUCAUUUUCACUUUUACAGUUGCUUUCCCAUCAAACCCUGAAAUGCACCACGUACCUGUCAGACCUCACCUACUCCUGUUUUUUCUUCUGCAUUCACUGUUCUCAUCUGGUCUGGACAAAAUGGAUGUAGCGCCAAUGGAAGUCAUUGUUCACAGCUCUUCCUGCAGUGUGACCUGUGGGCUGGGGGUGAAAACACAAACUCUGUGUUUACUUGACAGCAAAACAGUAAUGGAAGAAGAUGUGGAAAGUAAAAAUGUAACAGAGGUGACGGACAGGUGUUACGUUCGUAAGGUGACCUGCCAGGAAACGUGGCAGUGUGGACUCAGGACGAUGACUGUGACAGCAGGACAGAAGGUGGAGAUUGACUGUCUGGAAGAAGUCAUGAAGGCAAUGGGGAGGUUCUCCUGGAGAGUGUUGUGGCGUUACAGCCGUGGAAUGAUCACCUCUGAUCAGUCCUUGUUUGCCCGCUGGGAGGCCCCUCUGCUGGACCGAGUUGUUAUGGACCCCAUCCAGGAGGAGAACUCAGGAACUUACUGCUGUGAAGUACAGGACGCCACCUAUCACAGGGUGAAGAGCAUCUACUGGGGGAUCCGGGUUUUACCUGCUGCGGUUGUUAAUCUGGACUAUGAAGGUGCUCUGGCUCAGUGGGAGUCGAAUAGAAGCCAGGGGAACCAGACUGGGUUUGAACAGUCUGUGCAAAGAACGGCUCUUCUGUCCAUGGUGCUCAUAAGCUUAAGCAUCGCAGGUGUUGGGGCUGGAACGAUGCUGCUGGGCCUCUACUGGACACUUAGAAGCAGAGCACAGAGGCAGUAGUUCAUUUAUCAUCCACUGCAUCUGAAUCAUUAAGUAAUGCAGUCAAUACCAAAAUAAAUCUUAGCUUAAAACA